AUGCCUUCCUACUUCGGUCAUUUUAUACACCGGCAAUGGGUGCUCAAUGUUCCCAAGCCCACCGCUUCAUUUGCUUCCAAAGUCGCCAUCGUCACCGGUGGUAAUUCGGGUCUGGGGAAGGAAUCCGUCAAACACCUCGUUCGGCUCGGCGCCAGCAAGGUGAUCAUUGCCUGCCGAAGUAAAUCGAAGGGCGAACAAGCCAAGCUCGAGAUUUUAUCCGCGUUGCGAUGCAGUGCAGAUGUUCUCGAGGCUUUUGUGGAGCGUGCCAACAAACUCGACCGUUUGGAUGUGUUACUCAAUAAUGCCGGAGUAUCAACUGUCAAAUACAAACUCUCUUAUGGGACAGAGCAGGCUGUGGGUGUAAGUGUCAUCGGCACGAUUUUGCUUGCAAUUCAGCUUGUUCCUAAGUUGAAAGAAACUGCAAGGGCAUUUGGGGUCACGCCGCAUAUGACUUUUACGCAGUCGGCUUUGUACAGGCUUGCAAAGUACCCGGAGAACCCUGGGGCUCGGUUGUGAUUGCCGGGAGAAGUGUUGCUAGAGUGUUCCGGUCGCUCUCGCUCAACUCAUUGUACGCCAUCUG